CGAUUUGAUGAUGACGAUGAUGCUAGCUUGUGAAAUCAAUGGUGCUAAUUUAGCUAGUACUGGUACUAGUAACAAGGCUCCCAUUGUUCGAGAAACUAGCCCCUUGAUAAGUUCCUUUCUUCAUGUAAAAAGACAGAAAAAAGAAAAGAGGGAGAUAGCGAAAAGGCCAAGAGACCCACCAGUCUUUGCUUUCCCUCUCCAUGAAUAUGAAUUCAUUAUUAGCUAGCUAGUGUGUUCUCAGUCGACUACUGAGUAGAGUCUGACUGAUGUUGUACCAUUCGGGCAUGCACUCAUUCAGAUUAUUAUGCAUGCAUUAGUCAUUCCAUUGCUGAACUCCAAAAAUGGGAGCGUCAGUAAUCUACAGUACAACCCCUCCACGGUGGCCUUUCUAUGAGUGAACAUAUAUAGCUUUUAGUUCGUCUCCAUCAUCUCUGUUGUUUAACUUGGAGUAUAUAUGGAGGCUUUCACGGGUAGUUACAAGGAGAAAGAAAACCAAGAAGAAAAUCAAGAUAAUCAUCAUCAUGAGCUCCUCAAAACUAGAAUCUCUAGCCAUCCUUUAUAUGGGCUCUUGGUUGAAACUCACCUAGACUGUCUGAAGGUAGGUGGUAAUGAAGAUGACCUAGAGGAAAGUGAUGCCCUCAGGGAUUAUAUGAAGCAGCUUGACAAUCACAAGACCAGUACUUUAGGAGAAUCAGAGCUCGAUCACUUCAUGGAAGCAUAUUGCUUGGCACUUAGGAAGCUGAAGGAAGCAAUGGAGGAACCUCACCAAAAGUCCAUGACUUUCAUAACUAACAUGCACCAUCAACUCAAGGAGCUAACCGCCACCAGGUCUCAUCUUGAUCUACCUGAAUCACCUGCCAGCUUCCACCACCACCGCCACACUUCUGGUGAAAGAAAGCCAGAGAUGAUCGACUGUGCCAGAAGAUCGAUCUAGAGCACAGGGACAGGAUGCAGCUCAUGUAUGGAACAUGAUUUUAAUUUGCGAAAUUAGGCGAAUGAAAGUCAGCAUUUUGUAGUUGUUAUUCAGUAGUGCCAUGUGCCAGAAGUCCAUUGGCUUAUGUGCUUGGUAUAAAUAGCCGGCUAUGCUAUUGCUGUAACUAACUUUAGUUCUUUGCAUUUUUCUUCCUCUGUAACGAAACAAACUCCAUUUCUCUCUCUAAUUCAAGGUUGCAUCUCUGCG